AAGCCGCGUUUAGAUGAACUCAUCAUGCAAAGACUGCUGUGAUAUAUCAAUCGAAACGAUUUUGAGUGAAGAAAGGAAAAACCCCUCUGUGGAUUGCAACGGCUUUAUCGAGUGCCCGAUGUUUACCGGAAAUGAUGGAUGGUCAGCUGCGGCUGGAAUGUGUCGUGGCGUCCAGUUCAGCCGCUUCAUAAGCUGCAGUGCCGGUUAGAAAUUCCCUGGACGUCCAGCUUGAAUCUGAAACUUUCUGUUCUUCCAACAUCGAGAACUUCGCUUUCGCGGAUUAGCACUUGUUUUUCUUCCCCAGUAUUGUGUCAACAUAUCUACCAUGAACCAAAGCCUCUCCGAUGAUACUCUCUGGUCCGACUGGUCCAACUCCCAGGACAGCGGCUUCGAAGGCGGCUGGAAGGAAAUCUACGCGGAAGCCGGAGGGAAAGCCGACUCCAUGACUCUGUUCGCUGAGUUGCUCAGACUCUACCGCGAAGGCAUGGCCCAAGAGCUUGCAGCUGCCAUCGAAGCCUUCGUAGAUUUCACGGAACAUCAACCAGAUGCCUACGGGUCCGAGGUUGCAGAGGCUAAUGACUUCAGGACAGACAAAAUCGCACCGCUCGUUGAUCUCUGGAACCCUUUUGGUCCCGAGGAAGCAGCUUACGUUGCAACCGUGGCCCAACAUCUCUGGCCUUCUGCAUUUGAUCCGUCGUUUCUCCAACAGCGCAGGGCUCGGGUGCUUCUACAAGCAUUGGGUCUGCUAGAUAUUGAUUUUGUCCGUGAAGCCCGGCGCCCUGUGUUUCGAUCCUGGGGUCAGAAGCCUCAGGUAGUACAGAUGGUUGAUUGUUUGACGGGGAGACAAUGCUCAGAGUGCCGCCACCUGAUCCGUUCAUUCCAUUUCUACGAAUGUCAAAACGGUUGCAAGGACGAAGAUGGCCAUAUUGAUAUGUUCAAGGUGUUUCCUAAGGAAAGUGGUCCUAGAGGAACGGCUAGAUAUAUUUCUCCCGAAUACCAUUGGUAUUCUGCGAGGAAAGCAUUCGAUAUGAGGCAAUACAGGGUAUGCCCGGCGUGCCUGCCCAAAUCUUCACAUCCCAGAAGCCACUUAAGAGCUCUCAGAGGGUACACGAAGGCGGGCGAUCAGGUUGCGUUAGGCUUCGCCCGUGAACUCGACCUCUGGGAAGACGACCUAGACGGAAGAUUUAUGGAAAGUUUGGGAGUCAAUGCACUUGACAAGCUUGCUUCCGUAAACAGGCUAUUCGCGAAGACCUCAAGCCGACAUUUCUUCCCAGCCGGAAAUGCCCAUUGUGCUCUUAUGUUCGGUCCAUUACUAAUAGAAAACGGAAUGACCAGGCAUCCGGGAGGUGCAUCGAUUUCUCGUCGGCCUCUGGUUAACUUCACAGCCUCCAGCAACGCUGAUCUUCAGGAGUUCAUGUCAGAACCGACUGAUUACCACCCGUAUAAGGGUAAAUCAGAGGUCUUGCAUCAAAGACAUCUGUCCUAUGCGGCGAAUAAACAUCUCUAUCAAGCAGAUUUACCUAUUCGUGCGAGGCGCUUUGUAACCUGUCGAAAACAGGUUUCCGGAGGGUUGUUCACCAAUUACUGUGAUCGUUUCGCCAUAGACGAGGCCUUGAUAGUCCUGGAGUUCACCAAGAUGGCUGAAAGUUGGCAAACCAUCAAAAUUGACCGCACACAAACACAGAAGGAGUAUCGUGCACAGUUACUACAACGUGGACAAUAUCUUGCAGAGCUAAUUUUUGAGACUUUCGGCGAAGAGAUCAGGCGCAGCCUCCUGUUCUUUGCAUCACGGCUACACAAAGAAGUGAAGUUGCAGUACAACCGGUUGUCCAAUAAUUGUCAGGACUUUUGCAACGAGCUUCUGAUUGGCCAUGAUAAGUGGGAUUCUAUGUUCAAUAGGAUCUACCCGCCAGUUCCUGUCAACCUCGAACAGAAUGAGAACACCUAUUGCAUCCGUUACAUGAUGAGUUUUGCUUCACGCAUGCUUCAUCCAUUAGACGAAAUGCCCUUUGUAGAUCCCGUCGCCUCCUCAACUCAGCUCUACGAUACGUUCGGCCAUAAUGAUGCUGAUAUACUUGACCACAUUGCCAACAUUCGCUAUAAAGAGGAUCCGGAAGGUUCUGGUCUCACCAUGCCCGACUCUUGUCACGAUCCGUUUCUGCUGAAAGGAAGGGACACAACUUGUUUCCAGAAUUCAAGGUAAGACUUUUUUUUUUCUUUUCUUUUCUUUUUUGUUCCAGUCAUUGGAUUCUACCACCGCUGAAACUAUGUAGCGAAAUCUGCUCUCUAGCCGACCAUCUUCUCGAUGGGCCACAUGAUAACCUCUCCGUGCUGAC